GCGGCUGCGUAGGACUGCCAUCGGUUAAAGCGCAUGCGCAAGAGGAGCUAUUGCGGAAGUGAGGGGAGAGGCCGAGUGAAGCUUGGAUACUGCGCAUGAACCGAGAGUGACGUUGAGGUUUGAAAUAACUGGCAAAGAGUAAAGGCUGGAACUAGCUUCUUGAAAGCUUCCUAGGGCUCGGGCCCAGGAUCUGCGCCCACUAGGAGGUGUCACGCUCACUGCUCUUUUUAAAGCCCUAGAAUCCUUGGCUUUGGCGUUUGGGGUAAGCUCCGUUUUGGUUCACGUUCUCGUUCUCAAGCGGGUUUCCGCGGACUAUCGCGAGAUUGGCCGUCCCGGGAGCCGGUGUCUCCUAGGAGCUAGUCCUGAUCCUCUGCGAGGCGGCGUGGGGUCGCGGCCUAAUUCGGGAGCCAGCCUGACGCCGGCGGACCCCGCCUGGGAUCUUGGCAGCGAUGGAUGAUGACCUGAUGUUGGCACUGCGGCUUCAGGAGGAGUGGAACUUGCAGGUCACGGAGCAUGAUCAGGCCCAGGAGCCCCUGUCGCUGGUGGACGCGUCGUGGGAAUUGGUGGACCCCACUCCGGACUUGCAGGCCCUGUUUGUUCAGUUUAACGACCAGUUCUUCUGGGGCCAGCUGGGGGCCGUCGAGGUGAAGUGGAGCGUGCGAAUGACCCUGUGUGCUGGGAUAUGCAGCUACGAAGGGAAGGGUGGAAUGUGUUCCAUCCGCCUGAGCGAACCCCUUUUAAAGUUGAGACCAAGAAAGGAUCUUGUAGAGACCCUCCUGCAUGAAAUGAUACAUGCCUAUUUAUUUGUCACUAAUAAUGAUAAAGACCGAGAAGGGCAUGGUCCAGAGUUUUGUAAACACAUGCAUCGAAUCAACAGAAUGACUGGAGCCAAUAUAACGGUGUACCAUACUUUUCAUGAUGAGGUGGAUGAGUAUCGGCGACACUGGUGGCGCUGCAAUGGGCCGUGCCAGCACCGGCCGCCAUAUUACGGCUAUGUCAAGCGAGCUACUAACAGGGAGCCCUCUGCUCAUGACUAUUGGUGGGCUGAGCACCAGAAAACCUGUGGAGGCACUUUCAUAAAAAUCAAGGAGCCAGAGAAUUACUCAAAAAAAGGCAAAGGAAAGACAAAACUAGGACAGCACCCAGUAUCAGCCACAGAGACUAAAGAUAAACCCAACAGAGGUGAGGCCCAGCUAGUCAUUCCUUUUAGUGGUAAAGGAUAUGUUCUAGGAGAAACAAGCAUUUUACCUUCACCUGGGAAGUUGAUCACUUCACAUGCCGUUAAUAAAACCCAAAAUCUUUUAAAUCACAACCAUUCAGCAAAUGCUGUAAGAUCUAAUUCUAAAAUCAAGGUGAAUUUUGAACAGAAUGUUUCAAGUAAAAAAAAUUCUCAUCUAGUCUUCCCUGCUCUUAACAGUCACCAAAAUGUUCUAAGCAACUACUUUCCUAGAUUAUCAGUUGCCAGCCAAAAGGCUUUCAGAGGUGUGAAUGGAUCUCCAACGAAAAAUGUAACAGUUGGCAACAUCCCUAAAAACUCAGUCUCUUCUGGUUCUCAAAGAAGGGUUUCAUCUUCUAAGAUAUCCCUAAGAAAUUCUUCAAAAGCAAUGGAAUCAACGUCUGUGACUCUAUCCCAGGAUGUGAAUGGGUCUGAAGGUACAUUCCCAAAUAAACGACCUAGGCUAGAGGAUAAGACUGUUUUUGACAAUUUUUUUAUCAAGAAAGAGCAAAUAGAAAGCAGGAGUAAUGAUCCAAAGUAUAGUUCAUGUCCUACAGCCAUUCAGAAUUCCAGCAGUUCAUCCAGUCAGAGCAAAAGAGUUAAUUGCCCAGUUUGUCAGAAUGAAGUUUUGGAGUCUCAGAUUAAUGAACACUUGGACUGGUGCCUUGAAGGUGAUUGCGUCAAAGUCAAAAGCUGAAGAAAGUCUUUGAAAAAGGUUGGAAAGUCUCAAGUACCACCUGUAUUACCUCACUAAUGUGCUGUGUCAGCCAGUCAGGAAGUUCUGGUUAAUACUAAGAUUUCUAGGUUUUAAUCUAGUUCACGUAACCAAUACAGAAUGUUCUAUUUUAUAUAUACAUAGAUAAGACUGUAAUUUUAAGAUGUUUUGUGUCUCAAGGUGCUGUAUUCACUCUUGCCUUACGUAUACUGUAACCCAGGUGGUUCUGCCUGUCAUGUAUAAUUUUGUUCUGUCUUGUUCUUAGGAUUUUAAAAUCUAUUUAUCUUUUUAUUUGUAUACUCCUAAAAAUAUCCAUAUGAGGAAUUCUGUCAGGUAUUUGGUUAUGUUGACUAUUUCUUCAUUAAUAGUAUUACAACUCAUUCCCUGAACUCAUGUAAAUCUUCAUAGUGUCAAGACAUACUACCCAAAACCACAAUCUAGAGUACAAAGUAUAUUGUUUUAGAGUAUUCAAAUUGUAUUAUUUAUUAUUAAUUUUUUUUGCAAAAUCUUAACAGGAACUAUAUUUUCUAUAUUUUAAAGAAUUGUAUUUGUCCCACUCUUACUAAAUGGUGGCAACAGAUUUUAAGUUAAAGAAUAUGGAAUAUAGUAAAAUAAAUUUCUUUUGAAAUAUUUUUAGUAAUAGCCACUAUAAAAUUUGUAGGCCAGAUUAAUUAUAUUGGGUUUGGCUGUUUUCUCAAAAUUUAGCAGAGUGGUUAAAAUUCAGUGCUGAUAAGUAACUGAUACGUAUAGCAUAAACAUAACAAAGUUGCCUAUUUUAUGUAAUAGUGGAAAAUUAUCUGGAAAUAGUAUUUUGAACUUUAAGCCAAGUUUCAACUAUUAUAAUAAAAGGAAUAACAUUGGUGCA